AAAUGUAGGCACGUCGAGCCAUUGUCAUAAGUGAAGUAUUGAAAGUCUAGCUCACUAUCUAAAAGUAUUGUUUGGUACUUCGGCCACUAGACAAUUUUCUUCACUUUUUCCGUGAUGAGGUCUCGAUUUCAAAGUAAUGGCUUUGAUUCUUCUUGCAAUGGAAGAUUUAAAUAUAAAUAGGCCCGUUGUUAAAUACAGUGAUUUUGAUGGUAUUUGAAGUAUUAUCUAUGCUAUUUCUAUGUUUUUGAAGAAUAAAAUCUGGUCUGCGCCACUCUGAAUUUUAGCUUGGGUUCUGGAUGGUUGAUAGAAGAUGAUGAACCAUUUUUUGAUGACAUUCCCUUCAUCUCUGAGUUCUCACCAUCUUUGCCUCAUAUUGGUUAUACUUCACCAAGUUUUCUCCGUACUCUCUCAUACCGAAGACGAUGUGACACGGUUCAAGCUAAAAGCCAAUAAUAUGGUACCAUUCGUUAUACCCGAAAUGCCACAACACACACUGUCGGUUGUAUACCUACACACAACCAUAAAGUCCGGAAAUAAGAUUAAUGGCUACGAAAUUAUUGAUGAGCCGGUGAAUGUAACAUGGCCGGCCAAGGCUGGAUCUUAUUACACUCUUUUCAUGAUAGGUCCAGAUGCCCCAGUCCGUGAGCAGCCGAUGGAUAAAAAUUGGCUUCAUUGGCUAGUCACAAAUAUAAAGGGGAAUGACGUAAAAGGUGGUGACAAAAUCGCAGAGUAUUGUGGGUCAUUAGCCGGGUAUGAAAGAGGUCCACACUGGAUAGUUUACGUCGUAUACGAAAAUUCAAGUGGGAAAGAAACAAAAUUUGACGAAGCGCUCAUAGCCAAGGGUGAUCCUUAUGCGAAACGCACAUCUUUUGAUCUCGUAAAUUUCACACGAAAAUAUGGUAUGCGAGGUCCAGUGGCUGCAAAUUUUGCUGGUCUUGAUCUUCGAUAUGGACAGCAGUAACUAAAGAGUGGUUCGUCUCAAAUGAAGUAAUAUAUCUAGAGAAAAUUGUGAUAAUUUACUUCAAUGACAAGCCAAACCCUUGACAACCCUCCCCCCCCCCCCUGACAACCCUUUUUUAAUCAUAUUACUAAAGUUGGGUUGCCUAUUAUUAAAUGUAUUUUUCUUUUUAAGGAUUAGUAUUAACCAUGUAUUAUGCAGAAGUCCCGAUGAAAUGAAAUGAUUUAAACAUAUGUGAUCAAACGAUCUAGUCACUCAAGUUAAGCACUUGAAUGUUUUGUAAACAACAACAUGUAUGUAUAUUUUUAACUUAAGAAAUAUUUUUGGUUGUACUUAUAUUCGUAUUUUUAACUUUAACGUCAGGAAGGACCAAAAUGGGAAUUAAAGUGCGCUAGAAAUCAUGA